CGGAAGCUUCACUCUCUCUUCCUGUUCCUCGCCAUGGCGCAGGAUCAAGGUGAAAAGGAGAACCCCAUGCGGGAGCUGCGUAUCCGCAAGCUCUGCCUCAACAUCUGCGUCGGGGAGAGCGGGGACAGGCUGACCCGGGCCGCCAAGGUGCUGGAGCAGCUCACUGGCCAGACCCCGGUGUUCUCCAAAGCUAGAUACACCGUCAGGUCCUUCGGCAUCAGGAGAAAUGAGAAGAUUGCCGUGCACUGCACAGUCCGUGGGGCCAAGGCAGAAGAAAUCUUGGAGAAAGGUCUAAAGGUGCGAGAAUACGAGUUAAGAAAAAAUAACUUCUCAGAUACUGGAAACUUUGGUUUUGGGAUUCAGGAACACAUCGACCUGGGGAUCAAAUAUGACCCAAGCAUUGGUAUCUACGGCCUGGACUUCUACGUGGUGCUGGGUAGGCCAGGUUUCAGCAUCGCAGACAAGAAGCGCAGGACAGGCUGCAUUGGGGCCAAACACAGAAUCAGCAAAGAGGAGGCCAUGCGCUGGUUCCAGCAGAAGUAUGAUGGGAUCAUCCUUCCUGGCAAGUAAAUUCCCGUUUCUAUCCAAAAGGCCAAUAAACCGUUUUCAGUGAAAUGUA